AUGGAAGAGCCUCGAUUUUUGAAUAUUGAUUGCAUGUUCGGAUUGCUCUCUCCUCAUCAACAAUACUCACUGCUGAAUAAUUUGAUGAUUAAUUUGCAUCAGGAUAAACUCUCUGUGCAAUUUCCAACAGAGGUUGUGCAAGAUCGUAUUCUUACAUUCUCAGAGGAUAGAGUUGACUUUUAUGUUUGUAUGAUGGUAAUGAGAGGCUUGUUAAAGGAACUGGUUCACAGGGAAAUCCUUAUUAACAAUCAAAAGAGAACAGUGAAACAAGAUGAAUCAUGGAUUUGCUUUGCUCAAAAGCUUUGUUGUUUGGAGUAUGAUGACGGUGUGAAGGAAGGAGAAGUUUCUUAUGAAACCAGAAAGCUUGUUGCUGAAUUGUACAAUACCUUCCUUUGGAGACAAGUUCCUAUUGAUAAGAGUAAGCUCUCAAAAACUCUUCAUAAGAAUUGUAACUUUUAUCAUUGGUCUGCAAUGAUUGACUAUGUGAUGAGUAAUGUUUUAUUUAAGCAUGUCACUCCAGGAUUAGUAAUUUUAGAGCAUUGCUCCUUUGAUGAUAAGGGGGAAUAUCAUAAGCAUCAAGGUAAGUGUUAUAUUACUACUCAUUGUUUUAUUUAA